UCGACAGCUCCUACAGCAGGCACCGCCGCUGUUGCUGCUGCUGCUUCUGCUGCUGCUGUUGUUGUUGUUGGGAGGCCGUCGUUUCGAGACUCGGACCCUUUAGCCCUGAGCAGGACUCCGACCUGGUCAGUGACCUCCGCGCGGUUUGGAGGUUUGACCCCGUCCCGGUGUCGCUCCGCACUGCGGGCCGCGUGGUUACCCGCACGAGUGAAGGGUUGGAACGUGUCUUCUUUCUCUCUGGACCGUCUUCACCCUGUCACAUCGACUCAUUGUCAUCGCGAUUAUGACAUUGAUCGCCUUCAUUGUUUAAUUCGAUCUCGUUGGGUCAAUUGGCACCGCUUGGCAGCAGCGCGUUCCGACUGCGGUAGGCAACAUACAGUACACACGAAGUAUAUACUGUAGUGAGUACAGGACUGUGUGUGUGUGGACAUAGGGGUUAACGUUGAUUACGUACAGCGCAAGGCAAGCGCCGUUCAUUUACGGCGGUCGCCGUCAACACACGAGGAAGGACGGGCAAUUAACAAUGGCUAUAAUGAAGACAGCUGCGUGCGGAUGGAGGAGGUUGUCGUGAAGGCCCCGCAGUGCUGAAGGGACGUGCCUGGAGGCCCUUCAUUCGAGACCCUGGGAGCCCCAACAAGGGGGUCAAUUAAUUGACACCUGAGCAGGGGGGACAGAGGGGGCUGGCAGGGGUGCCCUGGCCUUCGAUUAAUUAGGAGCAAUAGUUCGGUCGCGCAUGUCUGCAUGGCUGAGAGCGGAGGAGGAGGUGGUGGUGGUGGAGGUGACGGCGACAUUGGCAGCCCCAGCGCUGACAGGCGACACAGGCCGAGGGCUUCGUCCGCGGCUGCAGUAGCAGGAGGAGGAGGAGCAGCAGCAGGAGGAGCAGCUGGAGGUGACAUGAGCCCCAGGAGUCGCCACAGGCUGCUGAAGGGGGGCUCCCAUGGACACUGUUUCCGCAAGGUGACGCUCACCAAGCCCACGUUCUGCCAGCACUGCACCGACUUCGUGUGGGGCAUCGUGGGCUACCAGUGCGAAGUCUGCAAGUUCAUGUCGCACGAGAAAUGCCUCAAGAGUGUGGUCAUCAUGUGUUCCACUCACCUGGCCACCUGCGUCAAGGUCCCCGUGGCACACUGCUUCACCUCCCCGGGGCAGUACAAGAAGAAGUUCUGCAACGUGUGCAGGCGGCACCUGGAGGACAGCCUUGCCUACCGAUGCGAAGUAUGUGACCUCCACCUGCACGCCGACUGCAUGCAGUUCGCCUGCAGCGACUGCCGGCAGUGCAACCAGGAGCGGCCGGGGGAGCUGGUCCUCUCCAUCCACCACUGGCGAGAGGGAAACAUGCCGUCGGGCUCGCGCUGCGAGGUGUGCCGCAAGGCGUGCAGCUCCUCCGAGGCGCUGUGCAGCAUGCGCUGUGGUUGGUGUGGCCUCACCGUUCACUCCGGCUGCUGCUCCUCCAUCCCCCCCGAGUGCUCCUUCGGGCGUCUCCAUAGCCUGGUCCUUCCGCCGAACUGUGUGCGUCUCUACGGCAACCUGCAUCUUCAGGAAACCAUCGCCGCGGAGGCUGAUGGCGGGGGCAGUCAACCGGGUCCUCUGAAUAAAGACUCUCCUGUUAAUACACCUGAAACAGGCAAGCAGAAGAUGAAGGUGUUUGACGGCGACGAGGCGGCUCGUGCCGGGCGCUACCACACGGUCUCCGUGCCACGCAUCAGCCGAACGGACGACGUCGUGGAGGCAGCCCUGCGAGAGUACUUCCUCCCGGGAAACCCCACGGACUACGAGCUGCGGAGUCUCAGCCUUGGGAUGCUUUUCAGCCCCGAAGACAGCUUUCUCCACGGCAACGGUCACCUGGGCGACGACCCGGGCACAGAGGGCGACCCCGGAAACCAGCAGUUUGUCCAGGUGUUCCGCGACACUCUCCCGGAGGCGUACGUGAUCCGGGCCAAGCGCUCCUCCUCCGAGGUUGUGAAGAUCUACGCUGACUGGCUAUGCAAAGGUGUGGCGUAUGUGUCGUUCCGCAUCGACGAGAGCCACACGGUGCGAUCCGUCAUCACGGAGGUCCUGCUGCUGCUCGGACGCAAGAACGAAAGCCCGGAUGACUACAGGCUGACGGAGGUGAUGAUGCACUGCAAGGAAGUGCAGAGGAGAGUGCUGGUCAUGGAGCAGAGCAUGCUGGAUCACCUGCACGAGAUCCGAAAGCUUUCAGUGCAGCGGAUAAACCUGACGCGCUUCUACAUCACGGCAAAACUGGAUGGGGACGGCAACACCCAGCUGCUGGUGGGGGGGCUUCCCCCCGGCCUCGCUGCCCCCGACUACCUCUCCCUGCUGCGCACGCACGUAAAACUCAAUGAAAACACGGCAACUAUAACGCAAAUCUACUCCAAACAAGGCGCGGUGGCCCUCGAGGUGUCGUCGUGCGCGGAGGCGGAGCGCCUGUUUCGUCUGGCCAACGACAGCAAGAUCACGGUGGACGACAAGAUCAUUAGCAUCAACCUGCUCCCAACGCUGAUCCCGGAGCAGAUGCCACGCAGCUGCCACCCCCUGCUGGUGCUGAUCAACCCACGGAGCGGGGGCAUGCAGGGUCGCGAGCUGCUUCACAGCUUCCGCAAGGCGGUCAACCCCCACCAGGUGUUCGACCUGGCCUGCGGAGGCCCCUUGCCGGGGCUCCACGUAUUCCGAGAGGUGCCGCGUUUCCGGCUGCUGGUGUGCGGCGGGGACGGCACAGUGGGCUGGGUGCUGUCGCUGCUCGAGGACAUCAAGCUGAAGCUCGCCUGCACACAGCCGCCCGUCGCCAUCCUGCCGCUCGGCACGGGUAAUGACCUGGCACGGGUGCUGCGCUGGGGCCCGGGCUACUCCGGGGAGGACCCGCUUUCCGUGCUCAUCAACGUUGACGAGGCCCAGGAGGUGAAGAUGGACCGCUGGACCAUUCUGCUGGACGCCAACGAGCCCGAGUGUGCACAAGAGCGGACCAGCAUGCCCAGGAUCGUGCAGAUGAACAAUUACUUUGGGAUUGGCGUCGAUGCCGAUCUCAGCCUGGGGUUCCACAACGCCAGAGAGGAGGACCCGGGGAAGUUCAACAGCAGGCUGCACAACAAGAGCGUGUACGUGAAGGUGGGGCUGCAGAAGAUCACGCACAACCGCAACCUCCACCGGGACAUCAAGGUGCAGGUGGACAACGUGGACAUCGACCUGCCCAGCGUGGAGGGGCUCAUCUUCCUCAACAUCCCGAGCUGGGGCUCUGGUGCCGAUCUGUGGGGCUCGGACAGUGAGGGGAAGUUCAGCAAGCCGUGCAUGCACGACGGACUCCUGGAGGUCGUGGGGGUCACGGGCGUCAUGCACAUGGGUCAGGUACAAGGCGGUCUUCGCUCCGGAAUACGCAUUGCGCAAGGCCAGUUUAUCCGCGUCGUGUUGCAGCGCGAGACGCCCAUCCAGGUGGAUGGGGAGCCGUGGCUGCAGCCGCCUGGGAACAUCAUCGUGUCGGCCGGGCCGCAGGUGAGCAUGCUGAAGAAGAGCAAACAGCGGCAGAAGAAGGGCAGCCAGAGGGAGGCUCGGGGCGACUCCACCGCCGCCGCCGACGACUGAGUCAUCUCGCCUGUCGCGACGCAUAUGGCGUCGUCAACCCUCCCUCCCUUCCGGCGCCUGCUCACCACCGAGCAGCCGCGAGCGCUCCGCCAUUCUCCGUGUCGCCCGCCUCUCGCGCCCGCCCUGCCCCCCCGGCCCCCCCUGCCACCCCUGCCCCCCCUGCCUCCGCCACACACACAGAACCCUCGCGGGUGACUUGAUGCGUUCAGUGUGAUAAUCCGCGUCGGAAAGUCGUCUUAAUCAGCCGGAGUGUUUUAAGGCAGUGUCCAUAAACUCACACCCGAUGUUCUCAGAGCCCCCCCCCCCAAUCCUCUGUCGGAAACCGCAGUUUCUUGAUUCGGAAUUUUUGUUGUUGUCGUUGCUGAAUAUGAAAAAGAUUUAAAUGGUGUCUCUAUAUUAGUGAUGCAAAAACACCUCGUAGUGCAGGUGGUUGUCUGUCGCUGUGGUGGUCGUUUACUGUAGUUAAAAAAAAAAUUAUGCAAACAUUCCACGUCGCUUGACCGCAAAAAAAAACGGUUGCCUUUGUUCCGAAUCGAUCGUCGGGGCCGCCUCCUCCUCGUCGGUGUCGCAAGUCUGUGACGCACGCCGCUACAGAGUUGGUUCGGUUUCUUUUAACGUUUGACAAAAAAUGCGAUCGUGAAGUUUUGAUGAUGACGACGAUUAACACGACGAUGGUCAGGAUUAAGAUGAUGAUAACGGUGCGGUGAAUUUUAUUUUGUUUACAGGACUAGUUUCCAUUGAGCCUUCCUCGACUCGAACCGCCAGUCCAUGCCGGCGGUUCGAGUAGGAUCGACUCUUCUGGCCCGGUCCGUACCGAGGAGCUGCCGGGCGAAGCUUAUUCGCUCCGCGCUUUGCAGUUUCCUUUUUGGCCAGCUAUUGCGCUCUGCAAAAACCUCACUCGCCAAAUCUCUCCGUCAUCCAGAGACUUCGUAGAAUUAGUCACAGGGUGCUUGUAAAGAUCACGGAAACGUGGCAGCCCACGUACGCUCACGCACGUACACGUACGUACACGUGCAACAUGUGCCGUUUCUUUUUUUAAAUAUCCAAAUAGCUGCUCGUGACAUUGAUCGCUUAUCCGCUUGUCCCUUGGCAAACAUCUCUAAAACGUUGAACUUGGAUGUAGCGACUCUUGCAGGGUGCGCUCGCAAACAGCAGGGAGGAACACCACAGCAUGCCACGUGGCCAGCCACAUCCUGUACGUACCUAACGCUGCUCACUCAUCGUUCGACUUGGCAGAGUCACUUUUAGGAAAUAAUUUCGUUCGCGAAAAAACUAAGCCACGAAACGGUGCUCGUUCGCAGCAGAAACAUUUUUUGAGCCAAGUUGCGGACCGGGCUAAAACGCCAUCUCGUUUUGGGGCCAAAACCACUACAAGUUCGACAGGAGGAGCACGGACUUGUUUUACGGUGGAUUGAUUUACUGGGGUUUAUUUUUAAUCUUGGAGCAGAUGGUGAUAUAUUUUUGUGUUUUUAUAUAUAUAAAAUUAGUAUCUGAUUUUAUUUAUUAUUACACACGGGACGCCGUCGUCGUUCGGGAGAUCGGUGUGGGCCAGGCCAGGCCGGGCCGGGCCGGACCGGGUCGGGUCCCGUGGGGCCAUCGCCGCCGCCCCUUUGCCGAGUCGGGGGCUGGGCUCGCGGAGCCGCCCUGCGCCUUCCGGGGCCGCCCGGGCCACACACCACGGGGGCCGCCUGGGUGAAGUGGUGGCGCUGGGGGGCGGCGGUGGCGGGUGUGGGGGAGGGGAGGGGGGGCGUUGGGGGGGACGAUCGGCGUUUUUUAAAUAUUGUUUUUGUCCACCGCGAUUGUCCUUUCUGUUUUGGAGUCGUCGACCAAGCAGCAGAGAGAGGAUUGCGUACACUGAGAAGGGCGGCCGCUGUCGUGUGCAAGACGGCUUCCUCAUGGUGCCGGCUCUUUGGCCGAAGCGUUUACGUUUUGGGGGGGGGGGGGGCGGGGGGGUGUUUUUUCUCUCAAUGUAUUUGGGUUGCGUGUUCAUAAUAGAUGUACAGGCUGACGCGCGCACCUAUACACACAUUCCAUGAUCGCGAUUAUAAAUGGAAACCGUACUCACCUGGUUUGACUGACGGUCGUCGCAGAGGGUUGAAUAAUCGUUUUAACAGAUCGCAAGUGCGUUAUAUAUCUUAUAUAUUUUAAAAGAAACGAGGGUAACGACGACGACGAUGAUGAUGAUGUGAUUCAACGAAUAGUGCCACCCAUUCCACUCGAUGCUUAGCUGCCGCGCCGGGUGUCGCAUAAUAGCUCGCAAGCCCUAACCCGCAAGGGUUAACCGGCGAGACCUGGGCUACACAGAUAUGUGGCCGGGUUCAGAACGAGUGGGUUAGAUGGCAAAAAAUAGGGGUUAAAAGUGCAUUACUUUAAGAUUGCCAAACAAAACAAUGGCGUGUGUACAUUGUGUAACGUGCCCUUAACACAGUCUUGUUUGCGUUGAGCGGCAAAUGUGUAGAUACGGGGAAUCUGUAAUUAAAUAUUGAUACAAAUCUGAGAAAACCAAAUCUAAAGAAACCCCACGCCCAGCAGGACCUGGUUCGCAGUGAUGCGUGCAGCAAACUCGGGGGGGGGGGGGGUGGGGGAGAGUUUCCCCUGGGUGGUGGCGGUGAAGAGCCCACGGUGUCGUGAGCUCUGAGUGGUUUGAGGACGACACAGAUCUCCGCGUUAUUCAGUGCGGGGGUUUAAAGCAUUGGUACAUCGACGACGAUGAUGGACCCAACCUCAUCGUCCUUCAAGAGGACUCGACAAAUAGCCGUGCUUCAUCAGAAUCGCGCACCGCUCUCUGUCUCACAAACUGUUGAAGCAAUUCAUGUUACAUCUGAUUCGACCUAGGGCAGGGGCGGGGAACCCUUUUUCUGCCAAGGGCCAUUUGGAUAUUUAUAACAUCAUACAAAAUUAUUAACUUAAAAAUGCGCCCGUUAGAUCUGGUCUAACAUUUUAUUAACUCACCCCUAAUGUGAUGGCUGGAACUGCUUCUCUUUGGCGAGGCGUGUGAUGUUAGCUGGUAUUGAUGAUGUUGCUAAUCGCAACUGAUUUUCCAGGUUUGCUCCGAGAUUUAUUGAAUUUGGAGUCCCGCCUGCGGUUGCCUUGGCAGGGCCACACAAAAUGAUUUCGCGGGCCUUAUAUGGCCGUUCCUCACCCCUGGUCGAGGGGAUGCCUACGAAAGGAGCAGCUACGACUCUCCGCUGAUGCUCGACCGUGACUCGGAAUCGAACUCAUAAUAUCGUGCGGUAACAACAGCGGCGCCACCGUCCUAACCACUGGGCCACCACCCCACGAAGACAAAAUAUUUCCCGGUAUAGUCUUAAUAGACUGUUGGGGCAAGUGCUGUUAGUGAGCACUUAUGAAGGCCGGAACGGCACACGAGGGGGUGGGUAGCCAACACCACGCUCCCUCGUGGCGAUGUACUCUUUUGAAGCUGAGUCGAUCUAAUAAUCGUCACUGGUGUUAGCCUUGAGCGGGAGUCGAACUCGGGUCGCUGGGUUCGUAGCGCAGCGCACUAACCGCUACACUACCGCUCCCCACACACACAUACACACACCCGUGUCAUGCUAAAUGCGUGUCGUGGAAUAUGAGCUCUUGUGGAUCAGACCCGCCGCCGUGACGUUUCUAUAACCACUGGGCAAGCUGCACGCGAGGUCCACUCGCAAAGUCGAGCAACAUCGAUUUCCUCCGUCACGGUUUAACUCUCGUGCCUCUUACCGCACAAGGUGGUCUCCCAUCGACGCAGGCUCCGUGCCGCCGACACGUCCCCUGGAUUUUCACAGAUUUUAGUUUUUUUUAAUGUUACAUUUAGGCUCACGGCAUGAACACCAUUUUACCAAUGAGCCGGACGGAAAGGGAGACUCGAUUGUUCAUUCAAAUCGCUACCCUGCAUCAUGGACAAUAAUGGAAUCGUCGAGGAAGAGGGGGUGGAUCGUUACUGGCCUCGUUCAUUCAAGGGCCCCUCGUAGCUCUGUAUAUGAAGCCAACGCCAGGAACAACUGAACGGUGGCUUAUUAAUUGGGCCACGUGUAUCCGUUGUAAAACAGCCUGGCUGAGACCACACCGUGAUGUAAAGAUGCAUAUUCCCCCCGUAAUAGUCGUACACAUUGUAGGGGCAAGUGCUGUUAGCGAACACCUAUUAAGACCAGGGCCGUGUCCGCCCGCCUUCGUCUCUCCCGCGGUUAUGUUAUCACACCAGGUUUGUUUUUAUGUAUGGCUGAGUCGACGUAGGAGAGGCUCUGGCUGGGUUCAGAUUUCACUCACCACUGACGUUAGCUGAGUACACAGACACAAACAUACAGACACAUGACCUAAAUAAACAUGUGCAGACAUGCAUAUGCAGAUACUCGUAUAAUGCAAAUACGCAUGCAGACAAGCAGAUAUGUACUAAAUAACACUAUAAUGUACAGCCCUUUGUUAAUCCACUGCGGGAUGAAGGCCUCCCCACAUUGUCAGUCAUGGGAGUUGCCUGCCCAUAAUUCGGUACGGAACUGGUUUAGGUGGGACUAGCCACCAAUGUUAGCCAGGGUUGGAAAUCAAACUCGGAAUGCAGGAUUAUUGUUGACACUGUGCUAACCGCUGCGCCACCGCUCCACUCUAGAGACGCGUGCUAUUUCAAUCCAUUCCCAUUCAUCUCGAUGAGAGCCCAUUGGCUCAUCCGGUAGAUAGCGGGAUAAUGUAUCUUGAAACCAUUAAAUCGUGAGCAUAAUCGAUUACUUCAUGUAGAUUGUGGUUGAUUAGUUAAUGGCAACUGCGGCUGUUAUGGAUUCCACAUGCAUCUCACUGGAAAAAAUAAAGAAUCGAAUCGUGAUAAUAAUCGAGUAAAUGCGUGGUAUUAUCAUUGCAGUGUCUGCUUAUGGGGAGAGCAAAUUAAUCGGUGAAUGUGCGUGGGAUGUGAUAUUCCCAGCAAUGCUAAGUAAGUGGAGCUCGAGGAGAGAGGGGGGAGGGAUUGGGGGAGUCGGUUCAUUGUUGCCCCACCCCCUAGUUAAUUAGGGUCACGAUGACCUCGCUGUGACUGCCUCGGGGAUGAAAUGUUUUGCCCUGUAGCCAAGAAUAAGCCUGGGACAGCAUCCCCCCACGUGACACCUAUACCGAGUGCGAUUCCCUCGUUCCCUGCGGGCCGAUUCCCACGUUUCGAUAUGGAUAUCCCUCUCGCUCGAAUCUCAGCUGGCGCGCUCCUGGUUAAUCCAAGGUUGUGCUUUCACCUGGUUAAUCCAAGGUCGUGAUUUCACCUGGGUUAAGUGAAGGACGUUAAACGCAAAUUAAGAGAGAACCGCUUACACCCCCCUACCCCAUGAUUUAACGAAUUGUGGCGGUUCGAUUUCAAAACUAAAGCUUAUUAUUUUGUUAUCGUGGCGGAUGUAGCGAGCGACCUCGUAGCUGGAAGGGGCCACGUGCAGAAGCCGUUUUGAAUACAAACGCAUAGGAUCUUCUCUCUCGCCACGUGAUCUGAUGCGUGCGUCGUGAGUGGAUGAAUCGAUCUUGAUCGAUGUUAUGGACUCUGUCCGGUGUGAUGACUGUACAGGUGGAUUGUUGUUGUGGCUGACUCGUGCCCGCGCUGUACACAGUCGCGUUGUGUCUGUCUCGCUGAUGGUGUCUUUGAAUCUAUUAAAAUAUGCGCAUGUGACCAAUACAUAGAGGCGAUGAUCCAACUCAUUAAACUAUACUUUUUUUUACCAGGUAAAGCUGUAUACCUCAUUUUCAGUAGCGAUCUGCCCACAAAUGAUAUCUCAACGAAGUGGUAUCACGUGGAAAUGUAAAGCAGCCAAAUACUCCCAAAUGCACGUUGAUUCUAAAUGUGGAAGUGACCCGGAUAAAAAUCCACGCGACCACGGGGAGAACAUGCAAACUCUAAACAUACAGCAGGCGUCAGGCUCGGGAUCGAACCCGCGACCUCCUUCAUACCAGGCGAGGUCGUAAACAUCUCGCCACCGCGGUUUCAUAUGCAUGUCUUAAGUUAUGCUCUUGUGACGUUUCUUGAUUAACAACGGCAAAACGCAUCCCUGAGUGUCAGGACGCUUGUUCAGGAGGGUCCUGCUUUUGCGAUGUUGGGCCAAUUCCAUUCAUGAGUGGUUGGCUUCGUUGUGAGAGGAAACAGG